AUGUGGCAGCCGGAAAGCAGCGUACCCAAACCUGACCGGCAUGUGAAGGAGAAAAAUCGGCGGCAGAAAAUGAAGGGCCUUUAUCAACAGCUCGCAGCUGUCGUCUCUCCUGAAAACUCUCUGGAAAAAUCUUCGAACUUGGACGUGUUGGAUCAUGCCACUAACUGCAUCAAACAACUAGAAAAAAACGUUAGUGAGCUAAAAGCAAAAAAGGAUAGUCUACAACUAUCAGUUGAAAUCGCCGUGAAAGAAAGUGAAAGCGGAGAAACUUUGGAGAUAAAUAUAGUGUGUGGGUCGGAUAAGAAGAAGCUGAUGAAGAUGCAUAAAAUCUUUCAGAUUCUCGAAGAAGGUGGCGCUGAAGUUGUGAGUGCAACCAACUCCACUGUGGAUCUCAAGAUCUACCAUACAAUUCUUUGCAAGGUGUAG